GGGAAAGGGGAACAACUGGCGCUAGCCAAUCCCCACAACACCCGCGUCCAAGCUGGAGAAGACGGAGGCCACUGGAGUAUUUGCUUUUAUCUUUCGUUUUCUCUUCUUUUUCUUCCUCAUCGCGCUGCUGGGAGGCGCUUUUUCUUUUCAUUUGCUGGCGCUCUCCGUCCUCUGCCUGCUCAUCUACUUUGCCAUUUACCUGCUCAACAAUUUCUUCUAUUUAUGAGCCGCGCCAGGAGGCCAAGCGACGCCAGGACCCGCACAGAGGAAGGGGAUUUUUGUGGCCCUCCUCUUCAGUGGUCCCUCCUUCCUCGUCCAUCGCUUCCUUCCCCUCUGCAGCCCACGCCGCCUCCUCCCUUCACCGCCUCCGCUCCUAACUUCUGGAAUCCGCCACUGUGUUAAUUACCCUUCUUAUGAUGAAGACCUCAACUUUUCUCCUUGCUUUUUUGCUUCUCAUUUCAACCUAUGCGUCGUUUCUGGGCCGCUCUUAAAUCUAACAAUAGGGUGAGGGAUCCAAGCGACGGCGAGCCUCCCAAGGAGAAGAAGCUGCUCCCGCGGAGUCAGAUUCCCCCCGAAGUUGCUUGCAGCCUCCCUCAGUCCGUGGCUAUGAGAGGAGAGAGGAGGCCCAGGCUGCACCAUCAUGCUACUUCUGAGACGCGGGGAUGAGAGUUUGGCCCACAAAACGCAAGGUAUUUCUCUCCCGCUCCUCCACCAUGCCUGUCAGCGGCCGCCCUUCCCCUCUGCGCAUCCUUGCCGGGGUCUGCUCCUGCGCCCCAUCAGUGGUCCAGGAGCGAGGGAGGCGGGGCCGACACCCCCGUCCACCCCCGCCCCCGUCGCUCCACCGCCACGCCAAGGUCUCCCUUGGUGUGCUUCUCCUCUUCCUCUGCCUUCUCCACCUGCCCCCCGCCUGCCACUCCCGGAGAGAAAAGGGAGGGGGUGGCGUCCACUACAUCCCCAUGCCCCCACUCCCGCCCCACCACAUGGCCCUCCCCAACAUCCUGCGGGGCCUCAGCAUCGCCGUCGUCUUGGUGGGCAACUCCAGCGAGAUGGCGCUGGCGGGGGCCCGGGAGAAGGAAGAUUUCCUCCACAUGGCGCCCAACGUGGAGAUCCUGACCAUGAACGAGACGGACCCAAAGAGCAUCAUCAAGAGCAUCUGUGACUUGAUGACAGAGCACUGGCUGCAAGGCGUGGUCUUUGGAGACGACACCGACCAGGAGGCCAUUGCCCAGAUCCUGGACUUCAUUUCGGCCCAGACGCACAUCCCUAUCCUGGGCGUCCGAGGGGGCUCCUCCAUGAUCAUGGCUGCCAAGGAUGACGACUCCAUGUUCUUCCAGUUCGGCCCCUCCAUCGAGCAGCAGGCGUCGGUCAUGCUCAACAUCAUGGAGGAAUACGACUGGUACAUCUUCUCCAUCGUCACCACCUACUACCCGGGGUACCAGGACUUUGUCACCAAGAUCCGAAGCACCAUCGAGAACAGCUUCGUGGGCUGGGAACUGGAGGAAGUGUUACUCCUUGAUAUGUCGGUGGACGACGGAGACUCCAAGAUUCAGAACCAGCUGAAGAAGCUUCAAAGUCCCGUCAUUCUCCUGUACUGCACCAAGGAAGAGGCCAACACCAUCUUCGAAGUGUCGCACUCCGUGGGGAUUACGGGCUACGGCUACACGUGGAUCGUGCCCUCGCUCAUCGCCGGAGACACCGACGUCGUACCGGCAGAGUUCCCCACAGGGCUGCUGUCCGUGUCCUACGACGAGUGGGACUACGGCCUGGAGGCCCGCGUCCGCGACGGCGUGGCUAUCAUCACCAUGGCGACCUCCACCAUGAUGAUGGACAGAGGGCCGCACACCUUGCUCAAGUCCGAGUGCCACGGAGCUCCUGACAAGAAGACCCCCGUCUCAGGCAACCCUAACGAGGUGCUCAGGUACUUGAUGAAUGUAACGUUCGAGGGCCGUAAUCUGUCCUUCAGCGAGGACGGCUACCAGAUGCACCCCAAACUGGUCAUCAUUCUGCUCAACAAAGACCGACAGUGGGACAGAGUGGGCAAGUGGGAGAACGGCUCCCUUUCCAUGAAGUACCACGUGUGGCCCCGCGACGAGCUGUACGGCGGAGCAGCGUCCAGGGAGGAUGACCACCUGUCCAUCGUCACCCUGGAGGAGGCCCCUUUCGUCAUCGUGGAGGACGUGGACCCCCUGAGCGGCACGUGCAUGAGGAACACUGUGCCGUGCCGCAAACAGAUCAAAACACUGAAUCAGACCAAAGAGUCGGGGAUCUACAUCAAGCGUUGCUGCAAGGGCUUCUGCAUCGACAUCCUGAAGAAGAUCGCCAAGACGGUCAAGUUCACCUACGACUUGUACUUGGUCACCAAUGGCAAACACGGCAAGAAGAUCAACGGGACCUGGAAUGGAAUGGUGGGAGAGGUGGUGGUCAAAAAAGCUCACAUGGCCGUGGGCUCCCUGACGAUCAAUGAGGAGAGGUCAGAGGUCAUCGACUUCUCCGUCCCCUUCAUCGAGACGGGCAUCAGUGUCAUGGUGUCCCGCAGCAACGGCACCGUCUCUCCCUCAGCCUUCCUAGAGCCCUUCAGUGCGGAUGUGUGGGUGAUGAUGUUCGUGAUGCUGCUGCUGGUGUCAGCGUUCGCCGUCUUCAUUUUUGAGUACUUCAGCCCCGUGGGCUACAACCGCUGUCUGGCUGACGGCAGAGAACCGCAUGGCCCCUCCUUCACCAUCGGCAAGGCCAUCUGGCUGCUGUGGGGUCUGGUCUUCAACAACUCCGUGCCGGUGCAGAACCCCAAAGGUACCACCAGCAAGAUCAUGGUGUCCGUUUGGGCCUUCUUCGCCGUCAUCUUCCUGGCCUCCUACACCGCCAACCUGGCCGCCUUCAUGAUCCAGGAGGAAUACGUGGACCAGGUGUCCGGACUCUCAGACAAAAAGUUCCAGAGCCCAAACGACUUCUCGCCGCCGUUCCGUUUCGGCACGGUCCCAAACGGGAGCACGGAGAGGAACAUCAGGAACAACUACCCGGAGAUGCACGGUUACAUGACCAAGUUCCACCAGAGAAACGUCGAAGAGGCGCUGCAAAGUCUUAAAGCUGGCAAACUCGACGCUUUCAUUUACGACGCGGCCGUGCUCAACUACAAGGCGGGCAGGGACGAGGGCUGCAAGCUGGUGACCAUCGGCAGCGGCUACAUCUUCGCCACCACCGGCUACGGCAUCGCCAUCCAGAAGGAGUCGCUCUGGAAGAGACACGUGGACUUAGCCAUCCUGCAGCUCUUUGGAGACGGCGAGAUGGAGGAGCUGGAGUCCCUGUGGCUGACGGGGAUCUGCCACCACGAGAAGAACGAGGUGAUGUCCAGCCAGCUGGACGUGGACAACAUGGCGGGGGUCUUCUACAUGCUGGGGGCCGCCAUGGCGCUGUCGCUCAUCACCUUCAUCUGCGAGCACUGGUUCUACUGGCAGCUGCGCUUCUGCUUCAUGGGCGUCUGCUCGGGACGCCCCGGCUUCGUCUUCUCCAUCAGCAGGGGUAUCUACAGCUGCAUUCACGGCGUGCAGAUCGAGGAGAAAAGCAGUUCGGCGUUGAACUCGCCGUCGGCCACCAUGAACAACACCCACUCGAACAUCCUGCGCCUCCUACGCACCGCCAAGAACAUGGCUUCCCUGUCCGGCGUGAACGGCUCGCCCCACAGCGCUCUGGACUUCAUUCGCCGGGAGUCGUCCGUUUACGACAUCUCGGAGCACCGGCGCAGCCUGGCGGGCCACUCGGACUGCAAGCCGUCUUAUUUGCCGGACGACAACAUGUUCAGCGACUACAUCGGCGAGGUGGAGAGGACGUUCGGCAACGUCCACAUGAAGGACAGCAACGUGUACCAGGACCGCUACCUGCACCAUCACGGUUCCACACUUGGGCUCAGUGGACCGCCUGCCAACAGACCGCAUAGUUUGGGCAGUGCCAGUUCCCUGGAGGGCGGCAUGUUUGACUGUGACAGCCUCGGGGGAGGGGUGGCGCCUAUCUUCACCACCCAGCCAUGCUCGGCACUAACCCACAGGAACAUGAGCAAGUUUGACCUGCUGUCCGGACAGACUCCGCCUCAAGGCCAGGGCUUUAAAAGCGGCCUGCCGGACUUGUACGGGAAGUUUUCUUUCAAGGGAGGUGCCUCGAGUUCCACCUACAUCCCCGGUCACGGGUACUGCGGAGGGAGAGGGGACGACGAAGGAAACAUAAGGUCCGACGUCUCCGACAUUUCCACGCACACGGUUACCUACGGGAACCUGGAAGGUAACGCCAAGAAACGCAAACAAUACCGCGAUAGCCUGAAAAAGAGGCCGGCCUCUGCCAAGUCCAGACGGGAGCUGGAUGAAAUUGAGCUGGGUUACAGGAGGAAACCGUACCACAUCAGCCACCACCACUACCACAACCAUCGCUCAGCCUCGCCACCACUUUUGCCCCCCGAACGUAAGCGAGGAGGAGGAAAUACAGACGCAAACUAUCUCUUCAGAGAAAAGGAGAGCGUGAGGGACUUUUAUUUGGACCAGUUCCGCCCAAAAGAGGGCGUCCCCCAGUGGGAACAUGUGGAUUUGACUGAAGGCCCUGGAAGUAGAGACGGAGGCGUACCGACCUGCACCUCGCUGGUUCCGGUGGAAGACUUCCUCAAGAGCAAACCCAAGAAGUCAGAUUCAAAGAGCGGAGGGGGAUCUGGGUUGGCCGGGGGUGAAUGGGAGUGUAGGAACUGUCGGUCCGGUGCGGGGGUGAAGCAGAUGUCCAUGCACGGAGGAGGCGGCGGCUAUGGCGGCAUAAGCUGCGGGUCCUCGGGGGGAGGCGGAGGCAGCCGUCCCAGCUCCGCGUCCUGUUUGCGCUGCGAGAGCUGCAAAAAGACGGGGAACCUCUACGACAUCAGCGAAGACAACAACCACCUCUUGGAACAGAUUGGGGGCGUGGGAGGGGGAGGCAUGGUCGCCGUCCCCCAGUCGCAAUCUCAAGCGCAGCAGAGGAGGAAAGGGGGAGGGUUCGGCAAGCCGCUCCGGCGGCAGCAUUCCUACGACGCGUUUGUAGACCUCCAGAAGGAGGAGACGGGCGGCAUGGGGAGUUUGAUGGGCAAUCUGGGAGGAGUCGGCGGGAUGAGCGGUCCGGGUAUGGGCGGAAUGCUGCCGCCUCCCCGAAGCGUUAGCCUGAAGGAGAAGGAGCGCUACGUGGAGGGCGCGAGCCCUUUCGCGCACAUGUUUGAGCGUCACGGUGGGUCCGAGAGAGACCGAGAAAGGGACCCUUCCUUUUAUGGAGGCGAAGGCCGGGUGGGAGGCCUCUUCAGAGGAGGCGACGGCCUCCAUCGCCGCUCCGUCGGAGAGCGAGACGUGAGGGACAGGGACAGGUCUCUGAUGGAAGGUGGAGGUGGGGCAGCGAUCUCUUUAUCCAAAUCUCUUUAUCCUGACCGGGUAAACCAGAACCCCUUUAUACCUACGUUUGACGACGACCAAUGUCUGAUGCACGGAGCCAAACAGUUUUACAUGAAAAAGCAGCAGCAGGUCGCCAAAAACAGCCGAAGUGACUUCAGGAGUCAAACGAGCACCACGUCUUACCUGCCGGCAUCGGCCAACACCGGGGUCAUGUCCAACGUGCCCCCCCGGUUUCCGAAAGAGCUCAGCCUGGGCGGCCUGAGCCACCAUGGCUCCAUGCUGGGGGUCGCCCCGUCGCGGCCCUUCAACGGAAGCAACGGCCACGUCUACGAGAAACUGUCCAGCAUCGAGUCAGACGUGUGAGAUGUGCGCCGGCGGCGCGGCGCAUCCGGAGAUCAGGGAUGUUUUUAAAGACACCGUCCACGCACUGCAGCCGGUGGUCGUGACCACCUGGAGGAUCCACAUUUCCCACGUAGAGAAAUCUUUAUUUUACUAAAAUAAAAAAUCAGGACACUUUCCCGAGGCGGGGGAGUGACCCCUCUCUCCCCAAACGUCCAAGUGAUCUACUUUUACCGAAAUCGCCCCCGUUGACUCUGCAGUUAUCGCUCACCCGGGUUCGGUAUGGAACGUGCGAUCCCGCUGGGACUGGACGGAAGACUGCACGAUUGGAGAGCGGCAACCCAGAGGACGACUUGACUUUUCUCCCACCCUUCACCCUGAACUCUCCUCCCUUUCCCUCCCUUCUCCCGCAGGCCAAAAGAUUUGCUGUGAGAAAUACAAUCAUGAAUGAUUCUAGGGGAAAAAAACAGGGUAUAAAGACUAGAACAAUAUUAACAAUAAUGUUGUGAAGAACACGCCGUACGAUAUCUUCGCUUUUUAUUGCUCUGUGUUACAAGGUGUGAUAUUCCAUCGGUUUUUCGUAAUUGUAUUGUUUGUUUUUUUUUCCUUGCCGGCGUCGGCAGCUUAAAGGCGGUCCAACCUCGGAGCCGGAAAGACUGAACUCUUCCGUUCUUGCUCACGGUGGAAUAUUUGACUUCACACGUUUCCUUUCGGGGGUUUCUAAUCGAUGUUUUCGCGACGGUCGGAAUCGAGCGUGUUCGCGCUUGAACGCUUCGUCGCAGGGCCAGGGACGCCGAAAGAACAGGACAUGCCUUAAAGGUCCGGUGGAAGUGUCCUCCCGUUCACCUCGUGUUGGAACGCCAGAAAAAAUAGUUACAUAAAAUGUUCAAGCAGCUUGAGAUGCUGCCCCGGCAGCGGUUUCGAUACGAGAUGUUUUAUAACUUCGUACAAAAAAAAAAAAAUGGUUUUAUGACGCUGAACGGCAGUUCUAUUCAGGAUGUCCCACACGGUCUGGGAGUGGCGCCACUUCACAGCACGGCGGCCUUCUACGUCUUUUCCAUUCAGGUUACUCCCGUGACGUCGCCAGGCACUCUCGCUGGUAUUUUAUGGAGGCUUAAAUGGGACAAAAAUGAUUAAAAAAAAAAAUUAAGGUGUCAGACAUGAAAUAUUUGUGAUUAAAUACAUAAAUGUGUCAAUGUAUUUCACCUAAUAGUACAUUUAAUUCAAUAUAGAUUUCCAAAUUUCGAGAUGUGUUUAUUUAUCUAAUGUUUUCAUUAUGGCAAUAAUUAUUAAAUGAUUUGAUGAUUUAUCUAAUUUUGUUCAUAAUUGUAUUGGAUUAUUUCAUGGGUGAAUGAUUAAUAUAAUUAUUUCAUGAUUUAAUGAUUCAUUUAAUUUUUUACUGAUUUUAAUUAUUUCAUGAUUUGCUAUUUUAUGUAAUUUACUAACUUAUUAUUUCAAUGUUUCUUGAUUUAUUUAAUGAUUUCGGGGUUGUAAUGAUUGAUUUAAAGAUUUUUUUUAUUGUAUACUGAUUUGAUUUAACUGUUACAUUAUUUACUGAUUUUGAUUAAACAUUUAAUGGUUUAUGUAAUUUACUGAAUCAAUUAUUGCAUGAUUGUAAUUUAUUAUUUCAUUAUUUCGUGGUUGUAAUUUAUUGUUUCAUGAUUUAUGGAUUUAUUUCAUUAUUUCAUUAUUGCAAGUAUUGUAAGAUUUCAGGGCGUAUUUAUUUAUUCAUUGAUUUAAUUAUUUCAUGAUUGCAAUUACUUAUUUCAUUAUUUUAAGAUGUAUUCAAAAAUUGAAUUAUUUCAUUAAAUAUUUAAUCAUUUGUUAAAGGUUUUACUAAUUUUAAUGAAAUAUUUCAUGAUUUCAUUAUUUUGGCAAAAAACUAAUUCAAUUAUUGUAUGAUUGAAACUAUUUCACGAUUUAUUUAAUUAUUUCAUGAUAGGAAUGAAUUAUUUCAUGAUUUCACGACUUAUUUUUUUUAAAUUUAAUUAUUUCAUGAUUGCAAUUAAUUAUUACAUAAUUUUAAGAUCGAUUUAAAAAAUUUAAUUAUUUCAUGAGUUAUUAUUUAGUUACUUGUAUUUUUUACUGCUGUUAAUGAAUUAUUUCAUGAUUUGAAGAUAUUUGCAAUUUACUGAUUUAAUCAUUGUAUGAUUGUAACUAUUUCACGAUUGAUUUAAUUAUUUCAUGAUGGAAAUGAAUUAUGUCGUGAUUUCACGUCUUCUUUAUUUUUUUAUUUAAUUAUUUCAUGAUUGUAAUAAUUCAUUAUUUUAAGACUUAUUUAAUGAUUUAUUUAUUUUACGUUUUCCCCCUGGCACUAUUGAACUGCGAAUUAUGUGUAAUGCAGAGGGUUGUUGAAAUUGAAAAAAAUAUAUAUUAAAUAAUUAAUCCAAUGGUGAAAUGGUUACAUUAUAAAAUAGUUAAUUAAAAUUUGGAACACCUAAUAAAUGAGUGAAUAAUGAAAUGCACUUUUACAUGAAAUACAUUUACACAUUUAUGUAUUCAAUUCCAAUGGUGAUUAAUUAAUGACAUAUUGAAGUCAUAUUUUAAAGAUGUAUUUAUUUAUUUAGUUCUAUACCUUUUGACACUAGGUAGUCUUGUGCCGUCGUAGAUAGCAUCGCUGGGACGGCAAAGUGGGGGAAGUUGUGGCCCCGUGACAAUGAUAGUCAUGACGAGAGGAGGGUGUCUAUUUGAGAAAACAGCCUUUGCGCUAUCAGCUUUGACUGAUGUACAUAUUUUUCCUCUUUUUCUUUUCGACGCUGGCAAAGCCUCAUUUAUUGCACAGGACCUUUACCUGGUGUAGGUUCAGGCGCUCAGUAGACAUGCCUUAUCACGCCAUCGCCGCCCCUUUCCUCCUCCUCGCCCUUUUCAAUGAGGCGUCAUCCGAGUGUACAGAAUUGGAAACAAAAACGAUGGGGGAGGGGGGGAAAGCCUUUAUUCGCUAUUUCAAGCUUUGAUCUCCGGUUAGUUGGCGGUGUCAGAAGUUGUUUUUUUGUCAGAAGUUCAAGGGCUGCAGAAGAUUGUGCAGGAGUGCUCGGCCAAGACUGGAGCUACUGGAAUCCGUCUUUUACACUCAUCUGAAUGCAUUGUAGGUGUGAGUGCUCGGCCAAGACUGGAGCUACUGGAAUCCGUCUUUUACACUCAUCUGAAUGCAUUGUAGGUGUGAGUGCUCGGCCAAGACUGGAGCUACUGGAAUCCGUCUUAUACACUCAUCUAAAUGCAUUGUAGGUGUGAGUGCGUGUUAGGAUGCAAGUCACCAUUUAAUGAUAACAGCAUUUGUAUUUUUUUUUUUGCUGAUUACUAUUCAUAAAGUCACAACAUAAGCUUGAUAGUUAGCCUUAAAUCCAAACACCUGCUCAUACCAGACUUAUGACUCGGAACAAACAAGUCUCUGGAAAUUUUUAUACCUGCACAUUUUCAGACCCACCGCUAACAGACGGGGAGGACGUUCAGAAUUUGCGACGAAAGAUAAGACACCGGCGAUGGCGUUAGUGCGUUCAUCUUUUACGUGUAAAUAUUAAUAAUCCAAACUUUUCACUUUGUACAGUCGACAGACAGACAGGAUGUAACUUUGGAACACGUUUUACAGCGAUUUAAGAAAUAAAUAAAACUAAUAAAAAAGAAAAAAAAAGAAAUAGAGUUAAGACACCAAUAUUAGAUCCUUUUUUUCUUUUCCUCUCAUGUUAUGAUAGAUUACCAGUCAGUACGUUAAGAAUUAUGCUUUUCUUUACUUUCAAGUGUUUGCUGACUCAGCGUAGGUGUAGACGUGUGGUGAUAUUGAACAAGGGGACAAUAUUGGACUCGUUCACACUGCAGGUUAAUUCUGAUCUUUUCGCCCACAUUACAGUUAAAGUACCAAUGAUUGUGGUGAAAUAAUUCUCUGCAUUUGAUCACCCGCUGGGAGGCGAGGGGAGCAGUGGCCAGCAGCGGAUGAAAUUGUGAAAAUAAUCAGACACCCUCGAAGCAGGUAAAAAUAUUUCUCCUUUUCCUUGUUACUCUUCUAAGCAUGAUUAUUCGGCUGAGAACAUGUUGAAUUGGUUCGCGCAAAACCCUUGAAAUUGCCACAAAAUUGAGAGAGAACGGGUCUGAUUACAUUCACAUAAGAAAUCGCAAUUUUAUUUUUUUUUGUAACGACUGUGGAAAUAAAUCGCAUAUAUACGCAAUCACGCCUCCUGAAAGUCAUAAUUAAUCAUCAAAAUAGACGGUAACAAAGUAAGUAGUCGACAACGGAGCAAAAAACGGGUGAAAAUCAAAUGUUUUAGGAACUCGUGUGAAAGUUCCACCACUCCUUUAUCCCACUGCUUGCCUGCGGCCUGCCUCGAAGCGAGUCAAAAUACUUCUCCUCUUCCUUCUUACUCUUCUCCGCGCAAUAAUUCGGUUCAGAAAAUGUUAAAUUAGUUCGUGCACAAACCUUGAAAUUGCCACAAAAUUGAGAGAGACCGGGUCUGAUUGCAUUCAUAUUAGAAAUUGCAUAUAUAUAUAUUUUUUUUUUUAACGACUGUGAAAAUAAAUCGCAUAUAUACGCAAUCACGCCACCUGAAAGUCAUAAUGAAUCAUCAAAAUAGAUGGUUACAAAGUAAGUAGUCGACAACGGAGCAAAAAACAGGCGAAAAUAAAAUGUUUUAGGAACUCGCGUGAAACUUCCACCACUCCUGUGUCAGACUGCUUGCCCACAGACACCCUUGAAGCGCGUCAAAAUACUUCUCUUCCAUAUUACUCUUCUACGCACGAUAAUUCGGCUCAGAAAAUGUUGACUUGAAACACGGAAAACCCUUGAAAUUGCCACAAAAUUGAGAGAGACCCGGUCUGAUUGUAUUCACAUUAGAAAUCGCAUUUAUUUUUUUGUAAUUACUGUGGAAAUAAAUCGCGUAUACACCCAAUCACGCCUCUUUAAAGUCCUAAUUAACCGCCAAAACAGACGGUUACAAAGUAAGUAGUCGACAACGGAGCAGAAAAACGGGUGAGAAUAAAAUGUUUUAGGAACUCGCGUGAAAAUUUUAACACUCCUGUGUCCGGCUGCUCGCAUGCAGACACCCUCGAUGUGAGUCAAAAUACUUCUCCUCUCCCUUAUUACUCUUCUAUGUGCGAUAAUUCGACAAAUGUAUUGCGCAAAACCGUUGAAAUUGCCACAAAAUUGCCAGGACUGAGACAGGGUCAGAUUGCAUUCACAUUAGAAAUCACAUUUUAUUGUGUUUGAUUGUAUUUCACCAAAAAAAAUUAAUAAGAUCGAGCCUGCAGUGUGAACGUAGCCUUCGUUUCAUAGCCCUCUGCUAAGUUCCCCUUGGGUUGUGUCCGAUUCUCUCUUUUUACAGGAGAGCUCGCCUUUUGCGCUUAUCCAAGCUCAGUUCACGUUUAUGUAAUACAAUAUUACAUGUGAUAAUAUUUGCUUAUUAUAGCCGCUGUUUACCGUGAGCGUUCAUUUUUUUUUUUUUCCUUUCAAACCUAAGAAGAUCAUUGUGGUUUUUGUUUCUCGCCCACUAGUUGUUUUCUCUCAGCUGGGCUUUAAAGUUGAUUGCACACAGAAUAAAGAGCCAUCGCGGGGCCCGGCCUAUCCUGUUCUCUCCUUAAGGAUCGGGAUAGACAUCACUGUGGAAACAAAUAUAUAUAUAUAUAUACAUACGUAUAUGCAUGCGUAUAUAUGUAUAUAUAUGCAAUAUGUAAUAUUGCUGAGAAUUUCAGCACAACUUUGUGAGCUGAAAUGCAUUAGUGCAACCCCUAAUGGACACGUGAGGAAAGUAUUUACUCAUUUUUCAUCAAGGGAAAUCCACUGUUGCUUUAUUUUAGCUCAGGAUAGUAGACAGACACCACUAGUAAAAGAAAUGUUUGUUGUGUAUGUACGUGGAAAUUGUGUAGGAGUGCUCGGCCAAAACUGGAGCUACUGGAAUCCGUCUUAUGUACUCAUCUAAAUACAUUGUGGGUGUGUAUGCAGAUAAAACUGCAUCCACAAGCCUGUUGUCCUGGGGGGACACUUCGGAUGGAACCGGCUACUAGAUGGUUCGAUUAGACUUUCACACAUUCCUCCUUAAAGGGAACCCUCCGUGCCAUUGUGCAAUCCACCUGGACAUGGUUGAUGGUUGAACAUAUUAAUUUCCCCUCAAUUGGUUUUAGUGCAUAACAUGCAUCAAAUGAAAUUCAAGUUUGAUUGGAAAAAAUACAUAAAAUUAACUUUUACACAAAUAAAAAUAAAGGAAAAUGCUGUGAUUCUCGCUGAAAAACAGGAAUAUUUUUAUGUAUUUAUUUUGCUUAUUUGAAGUAUUAUUCCAAUUUUUGUAAACAAGACCGCAUACUGAAAAACUAAUUCUGUUUUGUACAUUAAAGAUGCUAACACAAAUUCAGUGCGUGCUAAGCCAGUGGUUCUCAAGCUGUUUUCAUCAAGUACCACCAUAAUGACCAACAUUAAAAUACAGUAGCGUAUUAGGCCUAAAUUUUUGUCAAAAACAAGGCAGAAGUUUUAUUCAACAAGUAGCAUACUUUCCGGACUAUAGUGCACCCUCUAAAUUUGAGGGAAAACAAUUUUUCUAUAUAUUUGCGGCACCGGACAACAAGUCGCAUAUAAAUACGUUGUAAAAUUAGUUAUUUACCAUAUUUAUUUACAAUAAUUGUUUUCAAACGUGUCUGUAACACGGCAGUAAAGCGGCUAAUCAAACAAAACAUAAGUCCUCGUCAUGGACCCACGAGCUGCGCAAGCCAGCUCUCCAAUCAGUUAAGCAGACUUAAUAACCCCACGGUGACAUUCACGUGUUAGCAUAUUAGCUAAUGCUAAUGACGCCAACCUCAUUACAUUAUGAUAGCACGUGCAAAUAUGCAUGAAAAAACUCCCACAGACAUCACACAUGGGUUGGUUUAGUGAGUAAGAAUUGUUUUAGUUAUAUUGUAAAACUUACAAACGUUGCUAGGAGUGUUGAAUGAAGAAUCCAUUCGAAUAGUAACGCGAUGGACGGCUAGAAGACAGAACGGAACUUCUACUUCCGGUUGAAAGCACUAAAUGGAAGGAAAAGCCUGAACUUGUCCAAAAAGAUGACAUCGUAGUAACACACCUUUUCAUUGUUUUUGCUUGUUUUUUCAAAAAACUAUUUCUUUUAUGGCCGUCUGCGAGGAAAAAAUCUAUAAAUGAAUUGCACGGGUCAAAGCGCAGGGACAAAGUAACAACUUAUGGUGCGGAAUUUGCGUAUAUCUAAUAUUGUUAGCCACCGUAACAUUACACAGAUUGAACAGUAACACUGUGUCUGAAUACAGGAAAAUAAAACACUGUACUUUAACCGGGUGAUUCUUUGGCGUACCCACAGUUUGAGAAUCCCCGUGCUGCGCUGUUUGAAAAUAAGAAAUCGGUUUGUUUUUACGUAAUAGGUGACAAAACAAAUAGUUGUGGUCUUAUUAGUGAUAAUAAUUUAUUUAUCUGAAAAUGUCACUGGCCAAGGAGGAAAAAAUGUCCCCCGUGCUGCACGUUGGACACCCUUCACGUCUCUAGUAAGUGUUUGCCAAGAAAGCCAUUUAUUAAAAAAAGCGCAUUCAAGUCUGCUCGAACCUUCACGAUUUUCACAAUGAGCAGUAAAGUGCAAAUUUUAUUUACUAAUAUUCGACAUUUAUAAUAAAGCCUGGCUGCUUUUUAAAAAAAAAUUCAUAUAUACAUAUGUGCAUAUGUAUAUACACAUUUUUAUACAUAUAUGUAUAUAUGUGUAUAUAAUAU